CUUCUCCCCCCCCCCCCGCUUCCUUUGGCUGGCCCCUCACCCCCGGCCGCCUGCGGUCGGGACGCUGAGGCAGAAGAGGAAAAAGCGGUGGUCGGAGGUCUGCUUUUUCAGUUACCGACUGUCGGCCACAUGCUGCCAAAAAUGUCUUUGAUCUUACUAGCAGGUAUAUAUCAAUUUCUCCAUGGCAUCCUUGACUGCUUCUGUUACCUAAUGUCUAAAACAGUGCAUGUUAGUUUUACUCUUUUUUCCUGUUUCUGAAGAUUUAUAUUCUUUAAAAUUACACCAGAAUAGGAAGUUACAAUAUCAAUGACUUCUUUUGCUAAAGUUUAGUACUACUGAUGCUCUGCCUGAACAGAGCUUAAUCCACUGGCUUGUAUUGUUCUUGAAACUUUACUCCUAAGCCAGGAAAAACAAUGCUGUAGAGAGACCAGGGAUACCAGUAAAGCCAUGAACUAUUUACUUCUGUGGGCCUAACACACUUAGGAAGUCUGCAUGUCUCUGUAGCCAUUUAAAGUUCAGUGCAAAAUCUGUCAGUGGAUUAGGUUGCAUGUUAAGCUGUUAUCAGAUAACCAGGAUAGUGGUCAGUGAUGCAGAGAUAGGAUGCAUACUAAUUUGGUGAAAAGAAGCUGUGACUUGAAGCAGAAUGUCAUUGCUUUAGAUAAGCAAUAUCCUUGUAUAUCCUUGAUAUACUUGUCAUUUAGCCGCUUCAGUGGCUAACUGCACCUGAAACUUGAAGGUCUGAAGUGAAGACUUCUGCUAUAACAACAGAUAUUAGCAUAUAGUAGGCUGUCCUUCUUCCUCCUCCAAAUAUUAACACCUUUUCUGUUUUUCUUAAUUAACUGGCUUCACCUGAAGAAACAGUGAACAUUGGGUUUGACUAUUUUGACUGUUUUCCAGUUAAACUAGUGAAAACUAAGAGCUUGAGAUUCCUGUUUGUGUAUAUUCACUGAAAAGGAUCAGUGACACUAAAUUAGUAGUAAUUAAAGUGGCAUUAAUUAAGCAUAUCUGUUUCAAGUGAGUGAAUGUUAAAAGACAGCUGUCUUUGAAUUGUAUUACAGGCAGGGCUCUGUUGAAAUAGCAGAUCUUUGAUAUGGCUGGAAGGUAUUUCUACAGCCUUCAUCUUACACUAGUCGUGUAUUUUUGUAUGGAAUUUAAAGUAUGUCAUUUCAAGUAAGGUAUUUCUGCAUUCACUGUUCAUCAUGAACUAUAAUGAUACUGAUGUCUUAGACAUUAGACAAACAAGUCCCUGGUUAUUCCUCGAUUUUUGCAAUGUGAAAGAACAGUGCAAGGUUAAAUAAACCUGGAAGUAUUUGAUAGGUGUGGUACUCUAGUGUCCUUUAUGAUGAUGAUUUUGUUGUCACAACUAUCCCAUUCUCAAUUACGUUUCUGUGUUCACGUGGAAGAUAGAUAAAACCUGACCCCGUUUUUAAGAGGAGGAGAAAUGUCCAAACAGGAAAACAGACUUUUGUAGCCUGUGGCCAUUGCUUUAUAACCACUCCCAAGUGUUUUAACCCCUGCCAUUCCAGCAUCCCUUUGCUCCUAUUGUCUUCUUAUUUUUCUUUUCUCCGGUCUGCAGCAGUCAUGCUUACCUGGCUGUACGGAAAUGACUCAGAAGGAAAAAAAUGGAAUGUGAAAUAUUAAUAGGUGAAGCCCUUCUGCACAGAGAAGAUGAAUUAAAUAAGCAUUGGGAAUAUAGGUUGUUAGGUCUUUUUAAUCCUUAGGUCCGGUUCUGCUUGUUCUCUAGUAGAAUGCCAAAGGUGAAGUAAACAGGUCGAUGAUGAUGUUGAGAGUUUAGUUGGAAAAUGAUGGAAUGUUGAAGAAACUGCAUUUAUAUUUUGAGUGGCCUGGUAUUGAUAAGCUUUAAGUAGACAAAAACACAGAAGCUGAAAAAGUAGCUGUUUAAUAUGGAAAUGAAAAAAAUGUGGAUAUCUUAUCAGUGGUUGAAGGAAAUGCACAGGUGUACUCGGUGGGAAAACUGGGUAAUUUUUGGAAGAGGAAUAAAGUCUUACUGAACCUUGUUUUAACUCUCCAGCCUUAGAAGCUGUGUUGACGAAAUAAAUUAUCUUAAUUCAUCAGUCUGCGUCUUGAUGAGAAUUAAUGAACAAACUCUUCUGCUUUUCCUUUCUCUUUGAUACUUCUGUUGUAGAGAAAAAAAUUAAACAAGAGUUUUAGUGCAAGUAGUGAAGUUCUAAUUUAGAAAGAAGUUUGUUAGACAAUUACUUUUAAGGGGUAACUAUGAAAGGUUUUUGAAAAAGUGCUAAUGCGUAAACUAAUUUUAUUUUCCUGCUUUCAGUCACUCAAGUGCAGCCACUGAUCACGAGAUGUUACCACGAAAUCUACCUCAGACUUCGCUCUUGUUCAUUCAUUUGCUGCAUCAUAGAUCUCAACAGGAGCUCUGCAGGCACUCUUGAAAGUCUCUAAACAGAUUGUGGCAAGUCAAAGUGUGAUGACCUAAUAGGAGGUCAAAGUCUGAAACGCUGAUUCGGCAGUCCAAGAUAACACUGCCUUUUUUUUAUCAGUAUCACUUCUGAAGGCUACAGACCUCCUGCGUUUCUUCCCUGCUUACUUCAGAAGUAUUCAACUGACGUUUCUCUGGUGAAAAGAUCUUGACUUUUCUCUCUGGUCCUGGAAAUAUUAAUGGAAUACAGUCAUGUCUACCCAGGACGAGAGGCAGAUAAAUACAGAGUACGCUGUAUCCUUGCUGGAGCAGUUAAAAUUCUUUUAUGAACAGCAGUUGCUAACUGACAUAGUGCUGAUUGUUGAGGGCACUGAAUUUCCCUGCCAUAAGAUGGUUCUUGCAACUUGCAGCUCGUAUUUCAGAGCCAUGUUCAUGAGCGGGCUAAGUGAAAGUAAACAAACACAUGUACACCUGAGGAAUGUGGAUGCAGCCACUUUACAAAUUAUCAUAACUUACGCAUACACGGGUAACUUGGCAAUAAGCGACAGCACAGUAGAACAGCUUUAUGAAACUGCCUGCUUCUUACAGGUAGAUGAUGUGUUACAACGGUGUAGAGAAUACUUAAUCAAAAAAAUUAAUGCAGAAAAUUGUGUGCGUCUGUUAAGUUUUGCUGAUCUCUUCAGCUGUGAAGAGUUAAAACAGAGUGCUAAAAGAAUGGUGGAGCACAAGUUCACAGCUGUGUACCACCAGGAGGCUUUCAUGCAACUGUCACAUGAUCUACUGAUAGAUAUUUUAAGCAGUGACAAUUUAAAUGUGGAAAAGGAGGAGACAGUUCGUGAAGCUGCCAUGUUAUGGCUGGAGUACAACACAGAGUCACGAUCGCAGUAUCUGUCCUCUGUUCUUAGCCAAAUCCGAAUCGAUGCACUUUCAGAAGUAACACAGAGAGCCUGGUUUCAAGGCUUACCACCUAAUGAUAAGUCAGUGGUGGUGCAAGGACUGUACAAAUCAAUGCCCAAGUUUUUCAAGCCCAGACUUGGUAUGACGAAAGAGGAGAUGAUGAUAUUCAUUGAAGCUGCUGCUGAAAACCCUGGUAGUCUUUAUUCUUCUGUCUGCUAUAGCCCCCAGGCAGAAAAAGUUUACAAACUCUGCAACCCUCCUGCUGACUUGCAUAAGGUUGGGAUGCUUGUCACUCCUGAUAAUGACAUCUAUAUAGCAGGUGGGCAAGUUCCUCUGAAAAACACGAAAACCAAUCACAGUAAAAGCAGCAAACUCCAGGCUGCCUUCAGAACUGUGAAUUGCUUUUACUGGUUUGAUGCACAGCAAAACACUUGGUUUCCAAAGACACCGAUGCUCUUUGUUCGUAUAAAGCCAUCCCUGGUCUGCUGUGAAGGCUACAUCUAUGCAAUUGGAGGAGACAGCGUUGGUGGAGAACUCAACAGGAGAACUGUGGAGAGAUAUGAUACUGAGAAAGAUGAGUGGACCAUGGUAAGCCCGUUGCCUUGCGCAUGGCAAUGGAGCACAGCAGUAGCAGUUCACAACUGCAUUUACGUAAUGGCACACAACUUGAUGUACUGUUAUUUUCCCAGGUCAGAUGCUUGGGUAGAAAUGGCUAUGCGACAAACAAGUAGAUGUUUUGCUUCAGCUGCUGCUUUUGGUGAUAAAAUAUUCUAUAUUGGAGGACUGCAUAUUGCCAGCAAUUCUGGUAUAAGGCUCCCAAGCAGUACUGUAGAUGGGUCUUCCGUAACCGUGGAAAUCUAUGACGUGAAUAAAAAUGAAUGGAGAAUGGCAGCCAAUAUCCCUGCCAAGCGGUAUUCUGACCCAUGCGUUAGAGCUGUUGUCAUCUCUAAUUCUUUAUGUGUCUUUAUACGAGAAACCCACAUGAACGAGAGGGCGAAGUAUGCCACCUAUCAAUAUGACCUGGAACUCGAUCGCUGGUUUUUAAGGCAGCAUAUAUCAGAACGUGUGCUGUGGGACUUGGGGAAAGACUUCCGGUGCACGGUAGGAAAGCUGUAUCCGUCUUGCCUUGAAGAGUCCCCAUGGAAACCUCCAACGUAUCUCUUCUCACCAGAUGGAGCUGAUGAAUUUGAGCUGGAUGGGGAGAUGGUUACUUUACCACCUGUAUAGCUCCCGAAUUAGACUGCACAACUUAUUUUGUGCUCAGUUAUCUUGAAAUAAAUGAUUGUGAAAGAACAGGUCUGGAAACAGAAGUGUCAAACCUGCCUUUCAUGAGUUGUAUUUUUAUGCCCUACCUAACACUUGCUGCCAUUCAGUAUGAAUCAGUGAAAUGAGCAGAUAGGCUUCCAUAAUCUGAAAUACUAUUAUCUGAUAAUUGAGAAAUGUAGACGUAUAUCAUGAGCUUAAGCAUCUGACUUGUCUAAAGAAUUAAUUUCUAGUUCUAUGAAGUCUCAGUUCAGGAAAAUUAGCUUCAGAAAAAAGUAGUUACUGUUUCUAGGAUGAUGUCACAACUCUCUUGAAAGUAUCUUCCAGUUAUAUUUGAAUUACUUCUGGAUAUUCUACUUAAGUGCUAGUUAUAUAAUUGUCAGUGUGGCCUAAUCAAAGGACUGUGCUGCACUUACUUAAUACUAACAUCCAUGUUGGUAUAGUAAUGCGAUUAAAAGAAAAAGAAACAAAUCCCAUGGAUCUACCUGUGGUAGGAAGGGUAGAUCUUCCAUUGUAUGGUAACAUGCAGGGCAAAAUGACUGCAGGUUCAGUCACAUGUAUUAUUAGGUGCAUGUAUUCUAUUUUCACUAACUUAUACCUGUCUAUUUAGAAUACAGGUCUUCCAAGCAGCUGGUAGUUUACCAGGUGUGGACUUAAGUUGCUGGGCUUGCAAUAGGAAUUGUCAGCCCUCAUAGUGCGGGUCUAUGUGGAGCUUUAAUCAGUAAAUGUCUCCACGGUCUGUAUUACAGUAACAUUGGCUCAUGUAUAUUACUUCCUGCUGCUGAUGUAUUUUUCCAUUGUAAAACAAAGUUUUAGUGUGGAUUAACCAGGUCUUUAUUUUCUGUUAAUUUAAUAACAAGCAUUACUGUAGUGUGAUUGUGUAUAGAUACCCCUUAGCUAUCAGGUUUUUUACUUUGGGGGGGUGGGGGGAGAAGCAAACUGUUCAGGAAUAUCCUGUGCUGUGUGCAGGAGAGCAGAUGACUAGUGCUGCUCUGGCAUUAAUCCCAGGAACCACUAGCAGUAGUGGGGCACCGCCAAUCUAACAUAACAUGAACACAGGUGCUUCACGACAAACCUUACUAGCAUGUUCAGCUGCAUCAUGUUCUGGCACUGUAUUUUGAAUGACAUUAAUUUAUUAAAAAAGACUGAAUCCAA